CAGGUCGCCCAACCACAUCGUUCCUUAUCAGUGGCCGGUACGAGUCACAAGCCAUCCAUCGUCAGCUGCCCCCUCGACAACGAGGUUUCUCCUUUCUACGAUCCUUUGUCACUCCUCCUAAGGAAUUGGAUUGGAAUCUGGUCCAAUCCCCCCAUUACCGCUGCCGUUCGCUCUUCCUGUUGAAUCGCUUGUCGAAAGCUGGGCCGUUUGCUCUUUGACUUCGAAAGCAUUGCCGCGUCGGACGGUCUCGAUACCCCAUUGUCAACCACAGAGGCAUGCGAUAGCGAUCCUAGGCUACGACAGUGAUCAUGUCAAACUCAAACAAGGACUCACCCCCUCCCAUACAGCCUAUGUCCGCAUCGCCCGGCUCCUUUCGCGGCCGUUCUUUCAGUCGCGCCGAGUUCACCGCCCGCCUUGCAUCCCCCGUAGCCUUGGGCUCGUCCCCGGCAAGUCGUCAGCAACCGCCAGUCGGCGAAGGGCCAGGUUCCGGCCACUUGACGCCUCUCCCCGGCCCCGGCUCGCAUGUUGCCGGUCCCGGUGUCUCGGCCCUCGCUGCCGCCCUAUCCAACUCGCUUGGAACGUCGCCCCCGCGAUUCGGCACGCCACAUGCCCGAACAGCCUCGCCCUCCGUAGCCCCCGUUAAUGGCCUGGGCUCCAGGACGCCAACAAACUAUGGCUCGUUUGAUGCGAGGAGACAAUGGGGAGCUGCCGCGUACGAGGAUCCCGAGAUAAUCAAAAGACAUUUGGUUCGACCGGGAGAGGGUUCUCUGGACGAUGGAUCUAGGAAGGUCAGCGAAAGCUCCAAGGGCAAACAACCCGUUGGCGCGACGCAGCCCGGCUUCGACGACGAAUUUUCCAGUCUAAAGCUGCAAGGAGGCGAUAUUACGCGACCAAUCUACAAGUGGACAGAAGAGGCGGACCAGCGGAGCAAGAUGCAGCGCAGCAAGAGCUUCAGCGUUCCGAGGCCGGAACCGGAGACCGAGGAGCUCGAUAUUAAUAACAUCAAGGUUCCCGGGGGCUUCCGGCGCAACUAUAUCCGGCGGGCUGCCAGGGAUCCAGACGAGCUGGAGCACGGCUCCGGCAGUAGCCAGACGCAACCCCAGCUGUUUACCAACAGCUUCCUCGAGUUCUUGACGCUAUACGGUCACUUUGCCGGCGAAGAGCUCGAGGAAGACGACGAGGUGCUGAAGCCCGGCGAAUACUUCACUUCGGGCAGCGAGGGUGACAUGUAUGACGAGGACUCAGAGGAGGAGCCAAUGGAAGAGAGCGCGUUGCUGACGCCAUCGCGGCGCAAGAGGAGGAGGAAAGAGCGCGGAGGGAGUGGCCAGAACAGCCCAAUGGGCGCGGCGUUGCUCCUCCUCAAGUCUUUCGUCGGCACCGGUGUCUUGUUCCUCCCGCGCGCCUACCUCAAUGGCGGCAUGCUGUUUAGCAAUCUGGUUCUGCUCUUCGUGGCGGCCCUGAGUUACUACUGCUUCGUCCUGCUGGUCACCACUAGGUUAAAGGUCGACGGGUCCUUUGGUGAUAUUGGCGGUAUCCUCUACGGCAGGUGGAUGAGGAACCUGAUUCUAGCUUCCAUCGUCAUCAGCCAGCUCGGGUUCGUCGCGGCCUACAUCGUCUUCACGUCCGAGAACCUGCAAGCCUUCAUCCUUGCCGUGACCGACUGCAAGACGCUGAUUCCCAUCACAUGGCUAAUCAUCAUGCAAAUGUUGGUGUUCCUGCCUUUUUCGCUCCUCCGCGACAUCGGAAAGCUAGGCUUCACUGCUCUCAUCGCCGACGCCUUCAUCGUUAUCGGCCUGGCUUACCUCUUUUAUUACGACGUCCUCACGCUCAACACGCAGGGGCUUGCCGACAUCAUCCUGUUCAACCAGAAGGAUUGGACUCUCUUCAUCGGCACCGCCAUUUUCACGUUUGAGGGCAUCGGCUUGAUCAUACCGAUUCAGGAGUCGAUGCGCCACCCGCAAAAGUUUCCCAAGGUCAUGUUCGCAGUCAUGGUCAUCAUCACGACGCUCUUUACCGUCAUGGGCGCCUUCUCGUACGCGGCCUACGGCUCCAAGACGGAGACGGUGGUGCUGCUCAACCUGCCGCAGGACGACAAGCUCGUCAACGGCGUCCAGUUCCUCUACUCGCUCGCCAUCCUGCUGUCGACCCCGCUGCAGAUCUUCCCCGCCAUCCGCAUCACGGAGAACGCGCUGUUCACCAAGAGCGGCAAGUACAACCCGUACAUCAAGUGGCAGAAGAAUGUUUUCCGCUUCUUUGUCGUGGCGCUGUGCGCGCUGAUUGCCUGGGGCGGCGCGGAUAACCUGGACAAGUUCGUCGCGCUCGUGGGCAACUUUGCGUGUAUCCCUCUGGUGUAUAUCUAUCCGCCUAUGCUUCACUACAAAGCGGUGGCCAAGAGUGCCCUUCGCAGGUGGUCUGACAUUCUUUUGUGCAUCUUUGGCUUUGUGGCCAUGGCGUACACGACGAGCCUGACGGUGAUGAGCUGGGCCAAGGAUUCCGGUGGCGGAGGGUUGCCCAGCCAUUGCAAUAUCAGGGGCCUGUAGACAGGCAAUGGUGUAGGGAGGCUUGGCUGGGGAGACUUGGAUACCAUGCAAUAUGCCUUGUUCUUUGUCUUUGUUGUCUUGUGAGAUGGCUGUCGUUGAGCAUAGCACUUGCUGGCGUUUCAUUGCCUGGCGAAAUAAGUAGGGGAUUUGCUCUAUUGAUGGUUGAGGUUGGUUACCUAUAUUGGGCGAGUAGAACAUUAGAUUCGCAAGGCGGCAUAUGUAGAGAGCAUGGACACAGACAGAUCGACAAACUACACACUCUUGAGGGGGAAAGGUUUAGCUAGUCCCUAUCACGACCUUUACAUACACUUUUGUAUCUGUCACGCCAGAAUCAACAAAGA